AUGGCUGCUGCUAUGGAACUAGUCCUGAAAAUGCAGAGUGAAACCAUGUGUGGAAUCUGCAGGAUCUACUUUUCUCAGCCAGUUACCACUGAAUGUGGGCACAGCUUUUGCAGAGAAUGUCUCUCCUGGAGCUGGAGAGGUGGAACCUCACCUUUCUCUUGUCCUGAAUGCAGGCAAGUUUGCCGUACCAGAAAGCUCCCAGAACUCAAUGUGGCACUGGAAAAGUUGAGUGACAAGGUGAGGCAGCUCAGCUCCCACUUUGUGCAGAGUACUGAAGAACAGAGCAAAUGUCCCAUUCACCAGAAAGUCCUCAAGCUCUUUUGUGAGGAGGACCAGAUGGCACUCUGUGUCCUCUGUAGCCAGACUCCAGAGCACAAGGCUCACACACUCUCUCCUGUGGCAGAAGCUGCUCACAACUACAGGAGGAAGCUCCAGGGGAUUCUGAAUCGUGUGGGGAAGGAUUUUGAGGAAGCCAAGAAACUUCUUUCUCAGGUCAAGAAGGAGAUGGCGAGACCUUUAGUUGACUGGAAUCGGAUGAUUAUGGGAGAAUAUUACAACUUGCACCACUUCCUGAUGGAGGAAGAACUUCAAUGUCUGGAAAGGCUGAAGGAAGAGCAAAGGACCAGUAAGGAUAGAUUAUCUCAGCAUAUACACAACCUUUGGGAAAUCAUGUCCGACUUGCAAGAAUCAAGACACAAACCCAUUAUUGAGCUGCUGAAGGAUUUCAGGGAGCUGUUGGGAAGGAGUGAGUCAGUGUUCUCCCAAAGUCCCAAGGCUGUCAUUCCAGACCUGAUGGAGCACCCCAUUACUGGGAUGAUAGAUAUCCUCAACAAAUUCAGAGUGGACAUCAGAGUGAAUCCUCAAUCAGCCAGUUCCUAUGUGAUUGUUUCUGAGGAUCUGAAGAGUAUGAGGGCUGGAGAAGGCUGGGAGAUGGAUCCUGACCAUCCUGAGAACUUUGCUUGUCAUUUUGUCUCUGCUGAGCAGGCCUUCAGCUCAGGCAGACAAUAUUGGGAGGUGGAUGUGACACAAGUACCUCAGUGGGGACUGGGGAUCCGUACAGAACACUUGAGGGGAGGAAGUAACCUAGACUCCUUUGCCUCUGUGUUCCUGCUUUGCUGCGUGAAGAAGGAAAAUAAUUACUAUUUCCAAACCUGUCCUGGACAAUUAAACUAUCAAAUAAAGGACCCUGUGCCAAGGGUCGGGGUGUACCUGGAGCAUACCACUGGCACUCUCCUCUUUUACAAUGUUGUCAAACGCUCCCUCAUUUAUAGAUUCGACCCUAUUUUAUUCACGGAGCUUGUCACACCCAUCUUUUCUCCAGGACCCCCACUUCCAGGAACAAAAGUUGGUCCCAUGACUAUCUGUCCGGUCAACGCUCAUCUUUGUGCUUGCUGCUAUUCAUUUCUCUGA